AUGCUGUCUCACAAAGUGUCUACAAAAUGUAUUCGAGAAUUCUGCCAGGUUACCGCUUGUAAUAAUAAUUUGGAAUUGGCUGUUAGUCUUUACAUGGAUGAUCCAAGUAGGGUUCCUCCUCAGAGUUCAACGGAGGAAUACCGGACUCCUAUUCCUCAAAGAAACGAACAGCUACUCCCCGUUGUUGUACCACUUCUUCCUGUUCACCUGCAAAACUCACCUCUCAUCCAAACACGUCGACGCGCGUUCGUUGCUGAGGAUUCGGACGAUAAUUCAGAUGAUGAUACGGUAACCAGUGGUGCAAGGUGCCAGCCGUUUGAAAAGUCACAGUUAGCUUCGAAAUCAGAUCAUUCAAUUAAACAACGGUGUUCAAACGAUAAUGGAUCUGAUUUGACUUUACUAAAUACUGAUGGCACUAGCUCUGGUUCUUCUUCACUUUCUUCGGGGCAUAUUAAUGGAACUAAAGAUGGUGUUAAAAGAAAAAGAAAGCAUUUGCAACAACUGUACCAACCUCCAGUUGAGAUAUUGUUUGAUGGGACAGUACAAGCUGCUGAACUUGCUGCACAAGAAAAAAAUCAAUGGUUACUUGUCAGUAUACACGAUGAAGGAUGCUUUGAGUGUCAUCUGCUAAAUCGUGAUGUUUGGAAAGAUCCGAAAAUCUACCAACUUAUUAAACGCCAUUGUACUUUUGUACAAAUACCUGUGGAUAGUUCUGAAGGUUUACGCUUCCGUAGUAGUUAUUCUUAUGUUCAAUCAGCUUCUCAUAUAGCUAUUUUGGAUCCGUUUACAGGAGAGCAGAAAAUGAUGUGGACGCAUUUAAAUGAUCCUAAAAUUGUAUAUGAUGUCUUAUAUCAAUUUAUACAACAUACUACGCUAACUAAUCCGAAUAGCAAUACAAAUGUAAUCAACACUACUGCUAUUAAUGAUGGUCAAUACAGUAAUAGUAUUGGUAGUAUUAGCCUUACUGGGAACGGUAGAACAGAUUCAACUAGUAUUGACAAUCGUUUUACGAAUUCUGUCCCUCAGACUGGUAUGCGAAGAAGACCAGCAGAAGCAGCAAAUGCAGAAAUGCAUCAACAAUUCAAUCAUUUCAAUUUGAAAAGGCCACGUUUACAAACAUCUGACAAUGUACAUUCAUCGGAUGUUGAAUAUAUCGACUUGUCGAAUAGUGUACAUUCAUCUCAAAUAAAUUGUACAACUUCUAAUCCGUUAGAUCUAACUGAAGAAGAACAGUUACAACUGGCUAUUGAAGCAUCUAAAAAGGAGGCUAAACGACAAUUGUUCAAUGAUGAUAGUGAGAUAGUUCUCACAGAUGAUGAAGAUGAUGAUGACGAUGACAAUGAUGAAGAAUAUAUGAAUGGCAAUAGACGUUUAGAUACUGAUAUUGACCAACAACAAUGUGAUCGUGAACAAGAUAAAAAGCAAUACACACAUAAUACAUAUGAAGACGAUGAUUGCGUUGUAGUUGACUAUCCUAAAAAACCCAGCAGUUCAUCAUUUGUUUCGUCGACUACAGCAUUUAUUACAGCAAGAAGACCUUUAAGACCAUCAGAAAAGUUAAGUGAAGCAACAUCCAAUAAUGAUUUGAAAUCAGAUAUUUUGACCGUAUUACCUACUCCAGCACCUGGUGAAGCGGUUAUGGAAUUACUUUUUCGUUUACCCGAUGGUAAUCGUGAAGUCCAUCGACUUCAUCCUACUCUCAAGUUACAGGAUCUACAUUCAUACUUUGAAUAUCGUGGUUAUCCAAUUAAUAGAUAUGAAAUUGUUCGUAUUCAUCCUAAUCUAUGUCUUUCAUCGAUGCAUCAAUCAAUUUCUCUGACAGUUGCCGGUCUAUGCACCAAAGAUACUUUGUUUAUACAAGAACGUUAA